GGAAUAGCGUCAGUGAGUCAUAUCAGCGAUUCCCCUUGUCUUGGGACCCCUCAUCACUCGACAGCCCUCUGCACGGGUCUGCCGCCGUUCCUCCUGCGGCCUGAACAAUCAUGGAUGAAGCCAGACCCGCUGCUUCUCGGACGCAAGGUGCGGCCGCUGUGGCAAGGCAGCAUGACUACAUCGUCGGCCUCGCCCUCCUGAUCCUCGUCGUCUUGUUGUGGACGGCGUCCAACUUCCUCACAAAUAACAUCCUCACUUCAGGCUGGGACAAACCAUUUGCCGUGACAUACGCAAACACCUCAUCUUUUGCUCUUUACCUUAUACCCUUUGCAUUGGCACUGCACAAGCCUAGAAGACGGAGAGUCGCAGCUCAAGAUGCGAGGUCACAUGACAGCGACAGCAAGGAGGAUGGAGCAAGUAGCUUCUGGGCUAGAAUAGGCUUCGCUCUGCCGGAGUCACCACGACAGAGGCGCGGGAGCUACUCCCGACUGGCCACGUCCGAUGCCGUUGCGUACGAUGGCACUAUUCUCCGGCUCCCUUCACCGAGCUGUGAUGCCAUACGCGAUGUACGGCCUCGCCUAGCGCAGGGUGGCAGGCCGUCUUCGAUUGAUGGAAGGCGGCCGGUGGUCAGGCUGGACGAAGAAGGUGGAUCGAUGUCGCCGCAAGCUCUUCCUCCGCUGACACUGCGAGAAACAGCAGUGCUGGCGGGGCAGUUCACUCUUGUCUGGUUUGCUGCCAAUUGGAGUCUGACUGCUGCUCUGGGAAUGACUAGUGUAGCAAGCGGCACAACGUUGAGCAGUGCAAGUGGUUUCUUCACACUAGGUCUGGGUAGCUUGACUGGCGUUGAGCGUGUCACGAAGGCGAAGCUUCUCGCAGUCCUUGUCAGCUUCCUUGGAGUGGCGCUCGUAACUCAUGCCGACUCACUGCCAGAAGUAGAUGAGGUGGGAGUGCAAGGUCCCGUCAAUGCCCGCUUAGGGGAUUUCCUCGCCCUGCUAUCGGCAUUCUGCUACGCAGUCUAUGUCACUCUGUUGAAGCUUCGCAUCAAAUCGGAAGAUCGCGUCUCUAUGCCGCUCUUCUUUGGCUUCGUCGGGGCGUUCAACAUUCUGGCAAUGUGGCCUGUUGGGCUUGGCCUCCAUCUUACCGGCUGGGAGACCUUUCAGCUGCCCAGUGAUACCAAGACUUGGGUGGGCGUGGGGGUCAAUAUGGGUAUCACUUUCGUCAGCGACUUUGCCUAUUUGCUCUCCAUGCUCAAGACGGCCCCACUCGUCGCAACGGUCGGCCUCUCCCUCACCAUCCCUCUUGCUGUCUUCAUCGACCUGCUCAUGGGCACGCAUUCCGGAGGCACGAUGGCCAACAUUGGAUCGCUUGCGGUACUACUGAGUUUCGUCGCGAUCGGCUGGGACGAUACGCACAGUGUAGGGGACGAGCGAGAAGAAGAGGACGUGAUUCGGGGGAGGACAGGAAGCAGCGUCGACGAAGACGACGUUGAACGGUAGUUUUGGAGGAGUCAGCAGCAGUGCCUCGAACUGUUGUACCGCAAUCUGUAUUAAUAGACUGGCAAAUAUAGACAGUGCGUACUUUGCUCUUUGCUGUUGCGCCUGCAGUAGCGGCUUCUGGUUCAAGCGGCUGAUCAGUGCGCCCGUCACCGUGUAACCAAGUCGUACCUGCG